AUGGGCAAUCUACCUAUUGACAGAGUGCAACCUGCAAGACCGUUUUUGAAGACUGGUGUCGAUUUUUGUGGUCCAUUUCAAACCACUUAUAAGUUGCGGGGUCAUAGAACCACCAAAUCAUAUGUCGCCGUCUUCGUUUGCUUUGUUGUAAAAGCUGUGCACUUGGAGGUUGUCUUCGACUUAUCUAGCGAAGGUUUCGUUGCAGCGCUGAAGAGGUUCGUGGCAAGACGAGGGUUGUGCCAAGAUUUGUACUGCGACAAUGGGACGAAUUUUGUUGGUGCUCGUAAUCAGCUAGAGAAAUUCAGGCAAAGUUUCCUGGACCAGCAGUUGGAAAAGAAGAUAAGUGAUUGGUGUGCUACAGAGCAUAUCAAGUUUCAUCACAUCAUACCUCGAACACCACACUUUGGCGGUGUAUGUGAGGCAGCCGUGAAGUCUGCCAAAAAUCAUCUUCUUCGUACAGUUGGCGAUGCCUUUCUGACUUUUGAGGAACUAUCUACUAUUAUCGCAGAUAUAGAAGCUAUACUAAACUCCAGGCCCAUGUAUGCUAUGUCCAGUGACCCGAGCGACGAGCAAGUGCUUACACCUGGGCAUUUCUUGAUCGGUGGACCAAUGAAUGCAGUUUUUGAACCAGUGGUCACUGAUUACAAAAUGCCUACGUUGAAGCGGUGGCGGCGACUAUCGUUGAUAAAGCAGCAUUUUUGGAAUCGGUGGUCGAAAGAGUACCUAGCCGAUUUACAAAAACGAGUCAAAUGGCAAAAUUCGUCAGAAAACAUCAAAGUCAACACACUCGUUCUAGUUGGGGAUGAUAAUUCGUAUCCUCAAAACUGGCUCAUUGGAACAGUAACUAAUUUGGUUGAAUCUUCAGAUGGGAAGGUUCGAGUCGUUGAUGGGCAAACAAAAAAGGGAACCAUUCGCAGAGCAGUUCAUCGAUUAGCACCCAUCCCAAUUGAUGAUUGA